UACGCGAACUAUUGCAGAUUGUUAAGAGGAGCACGAACACUCUUGCCCUAGCCCAAGAAAUAGAGAGAGGGAGAGAGAGAGGUUGAAGACGAUGGCUCUCAAUGGGGUGCGGUCUGGCCUGAAGCUCCUGAGCAACUCCAGUGGCACCCUCUGCAGAUCUGUGACACGGUCGGUGCACUCAACGAGUGUGAAGAGAAUGGCAGGCGACCAUGGUCAUGGUCAUGGCUCAGAGCCAUUCUACAUGCACGCAAAGCACAUGUACAAUCUGGACAGGAUGAAGCACCAGAAGUUGAAGAUGACCCUUGGUGUCUUGACCUGUUUUACGAUUGGAACGACGGUUCCCAUCGUUGCUGUUAUAUUCCAACAGAAAAAGACGGCAUCUGUUUGAUCUGCUCUCUGCCAUUGAGUCUCUGUGUAUUCAGAAUUGAUCUUAUUUCUUUUCUAGACUGAAAGGGUGUGUUUGAUUUAAAGAUCUCCGGUGAUGCUCAAUAAUGACUCCUUGUUAUUGACAAGAUGAGUAAUGCCUGGUUUUUCCUUCUUGAAAUGUUUACUGCGGACCUUUUGCUAUCCAGAUACUUCCUUCGACAGUCCUUUUCUUUUUAA